AUGCAAAAUCACACUGAAUGUUUGGUCAUUCAAGUUAACCUGUUUCGUACUCAAGGACAUUUGGGGGAUAAUGUGGAACAGGUGAAGAUUUCAAGAAAUAAUGCUGCUGUACAAUAUUAUCAGUCAGGAGAGCUGACAGUUGCUGGUAUAAUUUCUCAGACCUACAUCUUGUAUGACCCGAUCAAAUUCCAAGGGCAUCCAUAUCAGCAGCUGAUUGGGGAGUUCAUAUUACUGGCACAGAAUUACCAGCACAUCUUGGCCCUGGUAUUUGCAGUGAAGGAGAUCAACAACAACUCCAAAAUCCUACCCAACAUCACUCUUGGUUUUGAUUUCACCUACGCAUCCGCUCCAGAGAUGAAUAACAGAACUGAAAACAAUUUCUACCACUGGAUGUUCCCAAAUGAGGCUCAUCAAUAUGUUGGAAUGAUUCAGUUACUGUUGCAUUUCAGGUGGACAUGGGUUGGGAUGAUUUACCACAAUGUGGACAGUUCCAUGAUAUUUGUACGGAAUAUGCUCCCCAUCCUAACUCAGAAUGGCAUUUGCUUCGAGUUCAUCAAAAACUUACCAGAUAUAGGUUUUUCUAAUCAACUCUCUGAAAUGAUGAAGAAGGCAUUUGGGGUUAUAAAUGUUGCCAUGGAAAGUACAGUCAAUACAGUGAUCUUUCAUGGUGGCUUUCAGGCAAUGAUGAAUUUAAGAAUUCUGUUCCAACUCUUGCAAUUUGAAGAUGUUCCAGUGAAGUCAAAGAUCUGGAUCUUAACAGCAGAUGUGGAUUUCACAUCUUCUCAAGUUCAAAGAGACUGGGACAUUCAUUUCAUCCAUGGCUCUGUAUCCCUUGCGGUCUCCUCAAAGGAGGUGGCAGGAUUCCGUGAAUUCCUGCAAAUGAGGAACCCAACACUAGAAAAAGAGGAUGGUUUUCUGAGGGACUUCUGGCAACAGGUGUUUGCUUGCUCACUCCCUAGCUCCAGGGAAGCAGAGAGGGGUGAAAAUACUUGCACUGGAGAAGAGAAACUGGAGACUCUUCCUGGGUCUCUUUUUGAAAUGAGCAUGACUGCCCACAGCUACAGCAUCUACAAUGCCAUCUAUGCUGUGGCGAAUGCACUACAUGCCAUGCACUCAUCCAUUGCAAAUGGCAGAAAAGCAGUGAAGGGAGACAGAUGGAAGGACCUGGCUCAGAAGACAUGGCAGCUUCCCCACUUUCUAAGAAGUGCCACAUUUAAUAACAGUGCUGGGGGAAAAGUUGCAUUUGACCAAAACGGGGAAUUAGUAUGUGGAUUUGAUAUUAUCAACUGGAUCACAUUCCCAAACCAAUCCUUUCUUAGAGCAAAAGUUGGGAUCAUAGACCCUCAGGCACCCCCAGAUAAACUGUUCUCCAUUUCUGAGGAUUUAAUCAUAUGGCCCAGAACAUUUAAUCAGACACCUCUUUCACUGUGUAAUGACAACUGCCCUCCAGGUUAUCACAAGACAAAAAAGGAAGGGAAACCAUUUUGCUGUUAUGAUUGCUGUCCCUGUCCAGAGGGUCAAAUUGCAAACCAGAAGGACAUGGAUGGAUGCAUUCAGUGUCCAGAGGGCCAUUAUCCAAAUAUUAACAGGGAUUUCUGCCUCCCCAAAGCUAUAACAUUCUUGUCUUAUGAAGAUCCUUUGGGAAAAGGUUUGGCCAUUGCUGCUCUCUCCCUUUCAUUCAUUACUGUUCUGGUGCUGGGAACCUUCAUGAAGCACCAUAAGACACCCAUUGUCAAAGCCAAUAACCGGAGCCUUUCCUAUGCUCUCCUCGUCUCCCUCCUGCUCUCUUUCCUUUGUGCUUUUUUAUUCAUUGGUCAACCCAAUACGGUGACCUGCCUCCUUCAACAAACUGCUUUUGGCAUCAUCUUCUCAGUAACUGUUUCUUGCAUGUUGGCCAAAACCAUCACUGUGAUUCUAGCUUUUAAGGCCACCAAGCCAGGAUCCAAAAUGAGGAAAUGGAUGGGGAAAAGGGUGGCUGCCUCCAUUGUUACUUCAUGCUCCCUUCUUCAAGUCACUCUUUGCAUUGUCUGGCUGGGAACCUCUCCCCCAUUCCCAGAGUAUGAUAUGCAUUCAGUGGUUAGUGAAACCAUUGUACAAUGCAAUGCAGGAUCUGAUGUCAUGUUUUAUUGUGUGCUGGGCUUCAUGGGCUUCUUAGCUACCGUCAGUUUUACUGUGGCUUUCCUAGCCAGAAAUUUACCAGGCAGUUUCCAGGAAACUAAGUCAAUUACCUUCAGCAUGUUAUUGUUUUGCAGUGUAUGGUUAUCCUUCUUCCCAACCUACCUGAGCACCAAAGGAAAAUACAUGGUGGCUGUGGAGAUCUUCUCCAUCUUGGCUUCUGGGGCAGGAUUACUGGGUUGCGUCUUUUUCCUCAAAUGCUACAUUAUUGUGUUGAGGCCUGAUCUAAACAAAAAGGAGCAGAUAAUAAAGAGAAUGGUUUGA